AUGUCCCUCCGCUCAGCUCUCGCUCCCCUGCGUCAAGCAGUCCGCGUGACUCCUCGGCGUGCAUUCGGCUCUUCAGCUUCGAGGCAGUCGGAAUCGCUCUUUGUCCACCGCGAUACAGACUACAACAACCCUAACAUCAAAUUCGAAUUCACCCCCGAGAAUCUCAAAGAGGCUCAAAAGAUCAUUGAUCGAUAUCCCCCUCAGUACAAAAAGGCGGCAUGUAUGCCGAUCUUGGAUUUGGGGCAACGGCAGAAUGGUGGAUGGACGAGUAUUAGCGUCAUGAAUGCCGUGGCAAAGUUGUUGGAGAUGCCCAAGAUGAGGGUGUAUGAGGUCGCAACCUUCUACACAAUGUACAACCGCGAACCCGUCGCCACCAACUUUGUCCAGCUCUGCACAACCACACCCUGCCAGCUCGGCGGAUGCGGCUCGACCAAGAUUCUCGAGACGAUCGAGUCGCACCUCAACGUCCACCCGGGACAGACGACCAAGGAUGGGAAGUUUACGUUGAUUGAGGUCGAGUGUUUGGGUGCUUGUUCGAAUGCCCCUAUGAUGCAAAUCAACGACGACUUCUACGAGGACCUUACACCCGAAACGACCAUCCAGGUCCUGCAGGCGUUGAGCAAGGGGGAGAGACCAAAGCCCGGACCGCAAUCGGGGAGGAGGACAUCAGAGAACUCGGCGGGAUUGACGACGCUUACUGGACCUCCGCCCAAACCAGGACAAUUCAACCUUCCCGAGUUCCAGUAG